AUGACCGAUGAACACCUAAGAAAGACGGCGGUUCAGACCGUCGCCGCGGUCUUCCUACCUAUUGCUACCAUCACGGUGAUGCUGCGCAUCUAUGUGCGUGGGUGGAUUGUCAAGGCAUUUGGAUGGGAUGAUGGGAUGAUGGUAAUUGCACUGUUAUUCUACGCCAUGUUCUGUGGAACCAUGAUCGGGGGCUCGAUUUAUGGCACAGGCUAUAUGCUCGAAAGCCUCACUGUCGAAAAUCGCCUGAUCGCAAUGAGAUUCUGGUGGCUCUGCGAGAUCGCCUACUGCUUCGCAUCCGUAGGAUGCAAGAUUUCCGUCUGCAUCUUCUUAAUGCGCAUCACUAUCAAACCUAUUCACAUCUGGAUCCUCUAUACCGUUAUGGCCUUGACUGUCAUAGCAGGCCUGGUUUUCAUGUUCCUCAUGCUCCUCCAGUGCAGGCCACUGGAAUACUUCUGGACUAAGCUGGCCUAUGAUCCUAAUAUCAUAGGCACAUGCAUGGAUAUGAAGAUCAUCGUUAUCAUGACCUACAUUUACAGCGGAUUUGCCGCAUUGUGUGAUUUCACCGUCGGCUUGUUGCCCAUCUUCCUCGUUCGCAAACUUCACAUGAAGCGCCAGACCAAGAUCGCCGUCAUGGGCAUUUUAGGCAUGGCUUGCAUGUAUGUUUAUCUGUUUCUUAUCUCGGGUUUCCCGUACUACUUCCAGAUUACUGACAAGGGAUUCCAUAGUGCUUCAUCGGCCGUCAUCGUCCGUAUCCCCUUUGUCAAAACCUUCUAUGACCGCGACUUCCUCUACGCAACAUACCAAAUCGCCAUCUGGUCCAACGUCGAAGCAGGCCUCGGCAUUACAGCCGGUAGUCUCGCAACCCUCCGACCCCUCCUCCGCCUCUGGACCGGCUCCCACUCAGACCCAUACUACUCCUCUGGAUUUCCAGGCGGACGCUCACGCUCUGCCUCACGCCCGUUAGGCGGUGCUGAAAAUCGUCCUUUUCCUUUAGGCUCGCUCGACGAGAGCGGGCAGUCUCGCCUGAGACCGGAUAAGCUUGCGGUCACUGUCACGACUAUCCAGAGCCAGAGGGACCCUGAUGAUACCUAUAGCACGAGCCCGAGUAACAGCGAGGAGAGGUUGACUAUUGAUCGGCCCUCGCCUCGGUUGCCUGAUCUGGGGUUGGGGAUUCAUCGCACGUUUGAGGUCACACAGACUACAACGGAAAGGGAUGAUCCCGAAGGGAUAAUUGUAAGGGAACAUGUAUAA